AUGUCCGUCGUGAACGGCCUGCGUCUCGUCGACCUCGAAAUAAGUCACGUCUUCACCCAUACCGAGUCCGGCGACUCGCGGUAUACGGACCAUGCUGUCCUCCACCGGCUCUCCAAUCCCAAUGUGCGACGACUGCGUACCAAGAGACGCAUGCAUCGUGGUCUCGUGCAAUGCCUGAACAACAAUGCCUUGCGCGGGCUGCAGACGAUCGUCAUGACAGAAGCCGACGGCCGUCAGGCUCCUCAGCUGCGAGACGCUUCGACCUGGAUAUACUGCAGCCCUAGCCUUCUGAGCAUCUGCAUUGGGCGGUGUACCGGCGAGCCUGGGAGACGGUGUACCUGCUGGGACGAGUGGGAUCGCUACGAGUUCGACUUGCGCCUCAAGCGCACACAGAAAGUGUCGUUCGAAUACGGCUGCUUCAAGCGCUUCUGGGAGACGUCCGCGGCCCACAGGAAGACCACGAAACGGACUCAAGUGGCGGCGAUGAACUUCCUCGCCCUGGCCGACAGCUCCCUCCUCCCCCUCGAGUUGUGGGCCAUGGUGGGCGACUUCCUCGACGAUCUGGACGCUCUGCAAUCCAAGCGUGCGAGGGAACUGGUGUCCGUCGCCGGCGUUGCAGAGCGCACACGUGCGAUGCGCGGACUGGAGGGGGUUGAGUUUGUCGACGCGCUCGAGGACUGGUUGGCGGCCGAGGGGUUCUCGUACCACCCAGGGAGCAUCGACGCAGACGACACAGACAGUGAGGAUGGCGACGAAGGGGCGGAUACCUAA